CGUCUGCUUACGUCAUCAGACUGCUCCAAAAGCGGCACUGGCCCACAGCGUUCACCAGAAUGGCUCCUUUCGUUGUCCGGGCAAUGACUUACGCCGGGGUGGCAGCAGCUCCUUCCCUAUGGCGGCUUUGCACGUGUGCCCGGUGGCCCCUAUCAGCUUAUGGGGAAAAAAUCAGCCUCAGAUUUUGCAGUUCAGGAAUGACCUUAGACAACAUCAAUUGGGCAGCCGUGGACCGCAUAAUCCGGGUGGAUCAUGCAGGUGAAUAUGGAGCAAAUCGCAUCCUCGCAGGGCAGAUGGCCGUCCUGGGCCGGACAAGUGUUGGGCCGGUCAUUCAGAAAAUGUGGGAUCAAGAAAAGGCCCAUUUGCAAAAGUUCAGUGAGCUGAUGGUUGCAUUCAGGGUCCGGCCAACAGCCCUGAUGCCUCUUUGGAAUGUCGCGGGCUUUGCACUGGGAGCAGGAACCGCCUUGCUCGGGAAGGAAGGCGCAAUGGCCUGCACUGUGGCAGUGGAAGAGACCAUAGCCCAUCACUAUAACAACCAGAUCAGGACGCUAAUGGAGGAGGACCCUGAAAAAUAUGAGGAACUUCUGCAGCUGAUAAAGAAGUUUCGAGAUGAAGAGCUUGAGCACCAUGACACAGGCCUGUCCCACGACGCGGAAUUGGCGCCAGCGUACGCUGUCUUGAAGACUGUUAUCCAAGCUGGGUGCCGUGCCGCAAUAUAUUUAUCGGAAAGAUUGUGAGUUCCAGCCCUUGUCUACGAAAGGUGGCAGUUAACAAGUGACAUUUACAGAGAAGCAAUUGUGCAGUUACUACUGUGUGGAUUUUGUUAAUAAAUGACAAGAGUAUUUUUUUCAUUA